AUGAAAAGCAGCUUGACCAGAACUCCAGUUGUGAACAUGGUAGCUUUCAAAGUUGUCUCUCUCCUUCUGAUCUCUCUGGGUUUUGUGCUGAUGGAAGAAAAUGGCACCAGGGAAAAUCUAAGAGACUCCACGUUUCUGCAAAGGCGAUAUUCUGAGGGAACUUUAGCAAGUGAUUAUAGUCAAACUUUGGACAACAUGCUAAAGAAGAACUUUGUGGAGUGGCUCUUGAACCAUAGGGAAAACAAGAAUGAAAACAAACUUGAACCAUCCAAGAGAGAAGCUGAUAUUACAAUGUCAGAUGAAAAGAAUCAAGGUGAUGAAGCUGAAAAGACUCAGGAAGCAAAGGACUAUGUUGGAUGGCUUUUGCAAAUCAUAGGAAAGCAGAGACUUUCCUUUCCAAUGGAUUCAGAUGAAUGGAAGAACAUCCAGAGGCAAGAAUUUCUGGUGUGGCUGAUUUUUGCUGACCUCUGUAAGCUAGUGUGA